AUGCCCCCAGGGUUUGAGACGGACGUUGGACUGAUUUUUCAACCCUUCCGAUCGCAGGAUGGCACAUUUCAUUAUGCGACAAUCCACGUGAAAUCGCAACAGGGGGUACAGUAUUUUAGUCGCGAGGAAGCCACCAGAGUGGCCGGAGAGGACCCGGACUAUAUGAUCCGGGAUAUAUUCAAAGCCACCGAGCGCGGUGACUCCCCAGAUUGGUCGUCUUACGAUGAACCGAAACGUAAGUUCUGUCCCUCAUGGCGGUUUGGAGACGAGGCUGACGUCAAUCAAGCGCAAAACUACUUUGCGGAUAUUGAAGAGGCGGCAUUCUCCCCGUCCACCAUGGUCCCUGGAUUUGCCGCUUCCGCCGGUCCAGUGCUCCAAGCACGCCUCUUCGCAUACCCGAACACGGUUCGCUACAGACUCGGGCGCAUGGGCCCGCUUGACUAG